UCACUGGAGAAGGUGCACACGUUCGAUGAUAGCUAAGGAAGAAGGAAGUUACUUACACACGUUACGCUGAAUGGGCUGAUCAACUUGCUAUUUAGGUUACGUCCUCCUGAUCAGAAACAUCUUCUUCAUCGUAUUCUCUUUCUGGGUAUCAGAUUAGACUUCUGAGGAUGGCACAGGAUACAGCACCGCAAACGUUCUGCUUGUGAACUCCAAGGAUACACUCAUAGUCUACAAGUCAUUGUAAUGUCUAAAGAGUGUCCACGUCUGUCCUGGCUGUGUCCAAGUGUGGAUUUGCAAAUAAACAGUCCCUUUAGGGGUUGUGUCAUAUGUCACUUUACGCAUGCAUCGAUCAGACUGGAUGGUGUGGUCCAAAGAGGCUCAAAGGAGAGCAGAGAGGAGAGCAGAAGCCAGGCUGGCUUACGGCUUACAGAGGCUAGAUGAAGCCAAACACUACCACCUCAGCACACUGGCCCGAGAACAGCACAUGCUACAGAGACACCUCCUCGCCAUCAAGACAGGUAGCCGGUGGAGAGGCAGGAACACUGUGGGAUUGCAGUCUUCCAAUCUUGAACUCAGCCACCCUCCUGUGUCCUAUACGAAGAUGCUGUUACCCAUAAUUCCACUUGCAGGAGGGGAGCCAGAUAGGCACAGGUCUGCGAAGCCGUACUCCAGCCGUUCUCUGCAGGAUCGGGUUCAGGACUUCAUCAGCAGUGGCGAGAACAGGGCCGAGAGCUCCACAGCGCAGCUCUGUCUCCCGUGUCUCAAACUGCCCACAAACACGCUGCCCCCAGAUGUCCCGCAGAGGGAGAGCAGGGACAGAGAGCCGGUCAGGCUGCGCGUGGCGUCACAUGGGGAGAGAGAGAGAGAGACGCAGAGGCCUCUGUGGGAAACGGUGAGAGGCAGGCACAAAGACGGACACAGAGAAAAUGAGCUGACAGCAGCACAUGCAAGAGACAGGGAAAAAGCAGAAGACAGGGACAGGGUUGUCUCUUCCUCUACUCCUCUUUCUCCCCUAUCGGAGUUAUCUGCUCCUGAUGGCCACCCAAGGACAGUUCACACUCUGCCUGACUUUGCCCAAGCCAUGACGGAGGCACGCAAAUCCCGGUACAUCCGACACCGCGGUCAGCCUCUAUCCGAAAGGGAGCUCAGCAUCAAAGAGAUAUUUUCCAGGACCUCCAUAGACAUCAACGCCACACACUGACUGCAGUACACAUGUGCACACCUCUCUGAUGAUCAGAACUUUUCAUAAUUUUGAUUUGUUGUGAAUAUCAUUCAUAGACAUUCACUUUCACACAAAUAUUCUUAGCUCUCAAACUUUCACAAUAUGCUCAUCGGUAUAUUACAUUGCAACCAUAAAAUGGACUAAGCUAUUAGGCUAAUUUUAGACAUUUUGCAAGAAAUAUAAUAAUUCAGUUUUGAGACAUUUAAUCUCACCAUGGUG